CAGUGGGGGGCGCUAGAGCUACAAUUACAUGAAUGAUUUCCGCACACGAAGAAGAAGAAGAAGAAGAUUUCCCUCUUUGAAAUGUUGUUGUAUCAUGUGUUGAAGAAGUGAACUUGCCGCCUUUAGAGGUUUAUAAAUCUCACAACGUAUUAAAGUGUCCGUCAACAGGAGGAGUUUUGAGCUGGUUAACGUCAGAGUCGAUAUGCUGCGUGUUAAACUGAGACGUUAGCUCACGCUGUUUGUGGCUAGCUAAUGCUAGCUGUCAGUAGCUAACAGUGAUGUCCUUUUCGUGGACAGAGCGCCAGGGACGUGUGGGAGACAUGGGACAACAGAGCAAAGAGGAGCUCCAAGAAAUGCUCCUGCGACAGGAAAAGAUGCUCUCUAACAUGAGGUUCUUACAGAGUCUUCCUGACAAAGGGAAGAAGAUAAAAGAAUUUGCAGAGAAAGUGCGCCUUGCCAUUGAACACCGCGAUGAAGAGGAGACGAAACGGAGCUUGGGGUUUGCGGCCAGGAAAGAGUUACAAUCCAAGUACCAGCAGGCUUUCACUAUGCAACAACGUGCUAUCCCUAACACACCUGCAGGCGAUGCGGUACCGGAGAGGAGGACCUCACCCGUCUCAGCUCAUGCGCAGGAAAACAACACUUUGGACGAUCAACAGGACCAGUUUGUCUCCAGAGCGGCUGCUGGUGAAACCAUGGAGACGGCUGCUGCUGGGGCCUCUUCGAACUCUGAGACAAAAGAGGGGGACCUUGUUGAGGCCUUGGAAAGGGUCAGACUGUCUGAAACUAGUACUGGUUUCAGUAGCAAGUCGAAAGACCCAAUAAACCUGCACUCCAGAGACAAUUACUUUCUCAGAAAGCAAAUGCCAAAAAAGCCUCACUAUAUAACUGUUCUGGAAAAAACGGAGAACACUUCAGAUCUCAAGAAGCAAAAAUUCAAACCAAAUCAUCUGCUCCACAGAAGUGACACCUCUCCAUCAGGAUCCUUGUCACCCAGCAGGUCUUCUGAAGGACUAUCACCGCUUUCUGCACAGGCCAGGAAGGAGCAGGACAGAAAGCACCUGGAUGACAUCACUUCUGCCAAACUCCCUCCUCUCCACCACAGUCCGGCGCAGCUUCUGUCUCUGGACGAGUCGGCCACCCUCCAGCAGGAUCAAAUGAAAAAGCAGCAGGAGUUGCAGGCCAAGCAGGCCGCCCAGAAACUGUCUGAGGUAUUGAAGACCUCUGUGGGGAGCUACACUCCUGACAGUGGCCCCAUGGCUGCCUACAGAGAGGUUCACGAUGAAGGAGCCUCAGAGGAGGACUGAUCCUGGAAGGCCGGAGCUGGGGAAACCAGUCUGACCUUGGCCCUGAGGGAAUACAGGCUUUGGACCUUGCAAUCAGAACCCAUCAAACAGGAUUUUCACUCGAAGGACAAGUAUUCUUAAGAGAGGAAAAGCACCGUGUGAAGGCAUAGUUUGUAUCCCAGACUCGGCUCAGGAAAUGUAAUGGCGGGUUGAGAAACUAGCUUACUUAAUUGUCAUUCAGUUCGUAUUGGGUUCAGUUGCUUCAGUGUCCUGCAGGAAUACAUAAUACCUGAUGUUGACUAGGAGUCUUAAAUGCUACAUUUAAAGCAUGUAUCAUCAUGAGGGAAGUGUUUCUUGUCAGUAUACUGAAACGGAUGAUGUCAGGGCUCACUGGACCUGAGAGGGUUGUACGUUGACAUUUCUAUUUAAGUGUGUUCAUAAUUAUAUGCACUUAAAGCUCAUCAGCAGGUGGAACAGAGUGUUUUGGCACAAUGGUGACUGUUUACAGAUUUGUCUGUCUAGACAUGAGCCUGUAGAUAGCUGUGUCAGAUUUAAGUAUUACAGAAUGUGCAACAGAAUUCAAUAAAUGCAUUUGAUUUCCCAAA